GCGGGAGCGCGCGGAGGCGGAAGUUCCCCGCAGGCCCUGGCGACGGCGCCGGCACCCGGAGUCACUUGUCAGCACUGGUCCCAGGCGCGCGGGUGCGGAGCGAGUUUCUUUCAUUUUCUGGCAUUGGAUUUUGAACCAUUAGAACCAUGAGCAACUACAGCGUAUCCUUGGUUGGCCCAGCUCCUUGGGGAUUCAGGCUGCAAGGUGGCAAAGAUUUCAACAUGCCUCUGACAAUCUCUAGUCUUAAAGAUGGCGGCAAGGCAUCCCAGGCACACGUAAAAAUAGGUGACGUGGUCCUCACAAUUGAUGGAAUUAGUGCACAUGGAAUGACUCAUCUGGAAGCCCAGAACAAGAUUAAGGGUUGUACAGGCUCUUUGAAUAUGACUCUGCAAAGAGCAUCUGCUGCACCCAAGUCUGAGCCAGUUCCCGUUCAGAAGCCCACAGUCACCAGCGUGUGUUCCGAGACUACUCAGGAGCUAGCAGAGAGACAGAGAAGAGGAUCCCAGGGUGACAGUAAACAGCAAAAUGGGAAAAUCCCACCUAAACGCCCACCAAGAAAACACAUUGUGGAGCGCAACACAGAGUUUUAUCACAUACCCACUCACAGUGAUGCUAGCAAGAAGAGACUGAUUGAGGAUACUGAGGACUGGCGCCCACGCACUGGAACAACUCAGUCCCGUUCUUUCCGAAUCCUCGCCCAAAUCACUGGGACUGAGCAUCUGAAAGAAUCUGAAAAUGACAAUACGAAGAAGGCAAAGUGUGACAGUUCUGUGGAAGACCCGCUUAAGCAUGGACCUCACCCACCCACCACUCCCUGGGUGUUAAAUAUUGCUAGUCAAGUAGCCACCCUCUCUAAAGUAGCAGCUGCGUGUUCUAGUGUAAGCAGCUCCACAAGAAAUGUGAAAGGUUCUUUGGAAACUUUUCGAAACUUUUAUGCCUUCUCUUCUCCUGCUAGAUACAAUGCUGCAGUUGUGAGCAAUGCGGCUGCUACUGUGAAUGCCAUCCUUGCUGCAAAGACCAGGCUUUCCAGUCCUCAAACCUGCCACUCCCUCCUGGAUGUACUUUGUAUCAGUCCUGUUUCCAAGCCUCUAGCUUUUUCCUGUCUCCAGUCCUCCAGCAAGACAACUGGCUCCAUUGAUGUUAGAAAAAACAGUAGCACUCAGGAGCCUACUCAGCAGCUUGCCUCAGGAGCUUCACCCCGGAGCGGCCCCGAGAGCGUGGAAAGCCCAGGCUCGGGUAGACCAGGUGCGGCUGGCCUGAGAACUGCUGCUGCUUUCAAACCUGUAGGAUCCGCCAGUGCUGUCAAGUCAUCAAGCUGGCAACGGCCAGACCAAGCAGCACCUUCUGUUGGAAGAAUCUCGAACAAUGUGACUUCCUCAAUAGCAGAGGCACCAGCAAAUUCAGUUGUGGGGACACCCCAGCCAGGUGACCAGGACACACUAGUGCAGAGAGCUGAGCACAUUCCAGCAGGGAAGCGAACACCCAUGUGUGCCCACUGCAACCAGGUCAUCAGGGGACCAUUCCUAGUGGCACUGGGGAAAUCUUGGCACCCAGAGGAAUUUAACUGCGCUCACUGCAAAAAUACGAUGGCCUAUAUUGGAUUUGUAGAGGAGAAGGGAGCACUGUACUGUGAGCUGUGCUAUGAGAAAUUCUUUGCUCCUGAAUGUGGUCGGUGCCAGAGGAAGAUCCUCGGAGAAGUCAUCAAUGCUUUGAAACAAACCUGGCAUGUGUCCUGUUUUGUUUGUGUGGCCUGUGGAAAACCCAUUCGUAAUAAUGUUUUCCACUUGGAGGAUGGUGAACCUUAUUGUGAGACGGAUUAUUAUGCCCUUUUUGGUACAAUAUGUCGUGGAUGUGAAUUUCCAAUUGAAGCUGGUGACAUGUUCCUGGAAGCUCUGGGCUAUACCUGGCAUGACACUUGUUUUGUGUGCUCAGUAUGUUGUGAAAGUUUGGAAGGUCAGACAUUUUUCUCCAAGAAGGACAAGCCACUUUGCAAGAAACAUGCUCAUUCUGUGAAUUUUUGAAAACCAAUGUGCAGCUGGAGAGAUGGCUCAGCAUUAACCUCUCUGUGCUUGCCUGAAAACCAGUAGUUCAAGGAAAGAGAAAACAUUUGAAGAAAAGAAAAUUAAAAUUAUCAAUUAAAUUUUAGUUUUGAUAUUUAUAUGGAAUUUCAAAAAGAUAAUAGUGGCCCUGAAGUGAUAAUUUCCAACAUUAAAAACUAAGUCUAUGAAUAGGUUUGGCUUCAUAAAGUAGAGACAGUUUGGCAUUUAUUGUGACAUUUUCCUAUAUUUUCAGCUCAUAAAAUAACCUUUAUAAGAAUCAAUUUCCUGGUUAACUAUUAAAUUCAUCUUAGAAUAAAUUAGCAAAAAGUUAAAUUUUAGAAUAACAACUGCAGCUUCUGUGCAGAAAUAAUUAUACUUUCUUUUUUUUAAGUAGUUAUGACAGCAUCUGCAAGAGGCAAUAAAAAUGCCUUAAACUUACUAAUACAAGAAUCAUUGUUUAAUAAAACCUUUAUCUUUAAAAUAGUCAAUAGGAAUUUAAACAGAAUUUUAUCAGUAGCAGGUAUCAACUAAUUUUUUUUUUUUUUUUUUUGGCUAUUGUGUACAUUAUUGGUGGUGUGCUGGUCAUUUCAGUAGGAAAAGGCCUACAAAGUUUUUGACCAAAAUGCAUCAUGCCAAUAAGAGACAUUAUGUUCUCUUACCUCCUUCAAAGAGCUGCCAUAUAGGUUUUAAAUCUCAGAUGUUUGCUUCUUUUCAUCAUGUGUGUUCUUCUGCUAGCCUCCAGUGCUGCCCUUCCACUUCCCUAGUGCUAGAUAAAAUGCUGGUUCAGUUAUGUUGUGGCUCUAACUGUUUUCUCAACAAGUGUGAUACAAUGUAGUUAGGAAUUAGGUUAAAUGAAAGGAUUAUACCUAGGAAACAUUCAAAAAGAACUUCCUUCUCUUCAGAUAAUGAACUGAUUAGAUCAUGUUACACUGACUAAAGAUUUAAGAUUAUGAUAAAAAUCCAAGCUUGUGUUGUUAUUGUCUGUCUGUUGUUUUGUUUUUUUUUUUAAUCUGUCACUAGUAAAUGAACCACGUCCAAUUAUGAUCAGGGAGUCUGGAAGCUUUUAUUAUUCACAGGACUUUGUAAUAUAGGAGGGACUGUGAUCCAUUUCUCAGAGUGGCCUGUUGUUUUUUGACCAGAGUUAGGUAGGUACCACAUGGAGUCAGGAGGCCACUGUGAUAAAACCAAGGAUCCUGUUGAUAUGUGCCAGUGGAAAAACAUCAUGGCAUGUAGCAGUUUUUCCCUUUUUUUCUAUAAUGGAUGAAGGCCAUGAUCCUGUUAAGUUAUAAUUUCAGUCUAUUUGGGACAAGGUGCUUUCCAAGUCCAGAAUCCUUGAUUUCUUGCUGCCCUAACCCCCACUAGCAACCUCAUUUCCAUUAUGUUCAUAUCUGUUGGAGUGAAGGUUUUAGGCUAGUGUUUGCUUAAUGACCCUAAAACCUUCCAAGUCUAUCCUGAUAGCUGCUAAUCUAGCAGGUUUAUAUUAUAUGCCAAUAGAUGAUGGUUAACUGGGGAUCAACAAAUAGAAUGGGAGGGCUGACACAACAUGGCAAUCUGAAUGCUUCUCCAACAGCAGCACCCUAAGUCCUCACCCUGCAUUUAAAGGGAAGCAGGCAGUUCCAGGGCUGGAACUUAAUGAUGCAUUAGAUCUCAUUGCUGCUACAACUGCCUACAGAUGCCUUGCUGGUUCAUGUGUGUGGCUAUGUGGCUGAAUGCCAGUCUUUUGCUUCUACAGUACAAAGUAAGUUAGUGCUUUUGUUUUGAUGCCAUAGACUGAUUUGUUUUGCCUUAGAUUAUAUGCCAAGAUAGUAUUUGAUAACUUAAUAGCAUUUGUGAAUUUUCUUCUAAGAAUCUUAUUUGAAUUUGAUUUCUUUAAAGUUAUCUUUCUUUAAGGUUAUAAUUUUCAUUACACUUAUCAUUCUACAUAUUCAUGGAGCAUACUGCUGAAUUUCUAAGUUUUCAUUACUAAGAAGGUAGUAUUGCUUGCUAAUUUACCAUUUUGCCUUUGUGCUUUGCCCAUCUAUUGUGUGGCAAAGUUAUAUUUGUUCCUCAGUUCCACAGUUACUCCUGUGAGAUAAAUACUGGCCAUAAUGCAGAAGAAUCUGUUUUCCAGAGGGAUGGGAGUGUUGAAUUCACCACAUGAAUCUUUGAAUACCUGGCAGAGCACUUUAUUCUUCAGUGAGCUCCUUGAAUAUUUAUUUUUCUGGUUAUAAAUAUUCUGUGUCAGUAGCAUUUUUAUUAUUACUUGUUAUUACUUAUUACUUACUAGACCUUGACUGGUGGUCUUGCUGGAUGUAUAUUUUGGAAUGCUGUACUUGCUAAACCACAAAUGGAAAUCAUAGAAAACUCUUAAAAUUGUCCAUUUCCAAAAUUUUGCUGCAUUCUUAAUUACAUGUGCUGAAUGUUGCCCACUGAAGUAGAAACUUUGUCUGUUUAUAGCAAUAUACAUAUUUCAGACUGUUUAAGGUCACAUUGGGAAUUUAAAAUCAAAAUCUAGUUAUUUGGCCAUAGUAUUAAAACAAUCAUUUGUAGGUAUUGUAUUUUAAAUUAGCUACAACACAUUAUACUGUUUUCAUGGAGUCCUAGGUGGGUAGCACUCGGUAGAAAAUAGUUCCUCCUUUCCCCCUAUUCAGGUAUGAUUUGGGUGUUAUAUUACCAAUUUUUGACAUUUGCAGUUCCAUCAUCCCCAUUGAAGGAAAGAGAAAACGUAAUGGUUUUAUGUGGUAUUUACCUAGUUUCAGUUAGCCCCAUGCUCCCAAGUAUCUUAUGGUAUUGGAUUUAGAUUCUUAAUAUAUAAUUUGCCUUGUCUGUUAAUUGCUAUUUUCUUUGUCUUUAAGUUUUUAAGUGUGUAUAUAUCUGCUCUUUUGCCUUUGAAUAUAUUUUCUAGUUAAAAACCUCACUUGAGAAAUAAAAUCUGUAUAGUGAUAGCGUGCUGAGCACAUACUCAAUAAACAAAUGACUGCAGUGAUGUG